UCUUGGUCAUCGAUUGUGAAUCCCGAAGCCCACAACAGGCAUCAGCUCCGACUCUACCAGGUUGACGCGCCUGACAACCCCGGGCAGCUAUGCCUCCGCUACCCAGCCUGGUCGUGAGCCUGGUAGGCUUUCUUCUCUGGACAGGCCACACCGCGGGGGCCUUGACGAUACCCAAUGCCACACUGGCCGCGAUCCAGACCAAAGACACAGCUGUGUGGCCCCCGAAUGACCUGGGGGUGCCCCGGUACCGCCGGAAGCGCAGCAUCUCUGCCCAGGAUAUGAACACCUUACUGGAGUAUCACAACCACGCCCGGGCCACGGUAUAUCCACCUGCUGCUAACAUGGAGUACAUGGUCUGGGAUGAGCAGUUAGCCUGGUAUGCCAAGGCCUGGGCCACCCAGUGCAUCUGGGACCACGGGCCUUUACAGAUGAUGAAAUCCAUGGGUCAGAACCUCUCCAUCUAUUCUGGCCGAUACCGCUCCGUGGGAGAUCUCAUGAAGACCUGGUAUGAGGAGAGACGGUAUUACUCGUUUCCCACCCAGGAGAACUGCGCCCCACGCUGCCCUUGGCUCUGCAACGGCUCCGUCUGUACACACUACACCCAGAUGGUGUGGGCAUCCUCCAAUCGGCUGGGCUGCGCCAUCCAUACCUGCCCAAUCAUUAAUGUGUGGGGCACCACCUGGCAUCAGGCAACGUACCUGGUCUGCAACUAUGCCACUAAGGGCAACUGGAUUGGCGAGGCACCCUACAAGAUGGGCCGCCCCUGCUCUGCCUGCCCCCCCAGCUACCAGGGCACCUGCCGCAACAACAUGUGCUUCCCAGGGCUCAAGUCCAACAGGCUCCAGUGGGCUUGAGCUACACCAGUGCCUCGGACGCUCUGGCGGCCUCCUGCUCGCCGGGCCUCCCGCAAAGCCAGGAUCUGGAGGUGGGGCAUGGGGGGGCGCUCCACCCUUCUGGACUUUCCCUUCCUAUGCUCCCUUCCUUUAAUGUCCAGUAUGUAUCAGAAGAAAGUUGCCCUUCCCUUCCUUACUUCUUUUUCUUCUCUCUGAUCUCUAGGAAGAAGCCCUGUAACUUUGCGUUAGUUCAUUUCUUGGGAGAAUAAUAAUAUUGUGGCAGGUUAGGGUGCUGGACAAUCAGCGGUCAUUAGAACUCCCCAAGCCAGGGGCUCUGUCUAGUCCAUUGUCUACUGACAAAAAAAACAAAAAACAAA